CUUGGUACACAAUCUGCAACAAGUUGUUUUUACCCGUCUUAGUUGUAGGUGGUGUAUGCCCUAGGGAGGUUUUGCAGCUCCGCACUCUUACUGCAGAAGACAAGAGAAAGUGGAAGGACUGUUUUUCUUUCUUUUCUAGUAUGCAAGCUUCACGCUGGGAUGUCUGUCUCAGACAAGAAGCCUGACUCAGGGCAAGAUAGAAAACUCCAUUUGAAAUGAAGGAAAGAUGUUGUCAAGACACGGAGGAGCUUAAAUGAGGAUUUACAAUUUUGCAUUUUCUCUUAAGCUGAGGUCUGAAAGAAAAUGUUGCUUUUAUUGAGUUGGUUUUUAUUUUUUAUUUUUUUUGUUUUUUAAGGAACAAUGCUCAUAGAUGACUAUCAUUUGCCUCUUGAUGUCUUACCAGUUAUGACAGAGAGUCCUGGUCCCAAGACAGCAAGGGAAGAGUUACACGAGGAGAACAGACCUUUCCGCUACUGUGGAGUAAAGACCAUGGAGCUGUCAGACAGCGACCGCCCUGUCAGCUUUAGUUCCACGUCCUCAUCUGCCUCCUCCAGGGAUAGCCACUGUUCCUUUGGCAGUAGAAUGACCUUAGUUUCAAACAGCCAUUUGGGGUUGUUUAAUCAGGAUAAAGAAGCUGGGGCUAUAAAAUUAGAGCUGAUUCCAGCCAGGCGAUUUUCCAGUGAGUUACACAGAAAUAAGCCCAUGGAGCAAGAGGACACACAAGAAAGUCUUGAAAAAAGGCCAACUAUGCCAAGGAAAGCUGAACCAAAAGGAAUGAGCAAAAACUGUGCCAUAUCCCUGGUUACGGAACCCACGAGUCCAAAGCUCCUGUACGUCGACAGAGUUGUCCAAGAAAUUCUGGAGACGGAGAGGACUUACGUGCAGGAUUUAAAAAGCAUUGUGAAGGAUUACCUUGAUUGUAUCACUGACCAAUCCAAGCUCUCCCUUGGGACAGAAGAGCGAUCAGCCCUGUUUGGAAACAUACGAGAUAUCUACCAUUUCAACAGUGAACUUUUGCAAGACUUGGAAAACUGUGAAAAUGACCCUGUAGCAAUAGCAGAAUGUUUUGUUUCCAAGAGUGAAGAUUUCCAUAUAUAUACACAGUACUGCACCAAUUAUCCAAGGUCAGUAGCUGUCCUAACAGAGUGCAUGAGGAACAAGACAUUGGCCAAGUUCUUCAGAGAACGGCAAGAAGCUUUACAUCACUCCCUGCCCUUGGGCUCCUAUCUUCUAAAACCUGUCCAGCGAAUCCUCAAGUAUCACCUGCUUUUACACGAAAUAGAAAACCACCUUGACAAGGACACUGAAGGGUAUGAUGUUGUACUAGAUGCUAUAGAUACAAUGCAGAGAGUGGCAUGGCACAUUAAUGAUAUGAAGAGGAAACAUGAACACGCCAUCAGGCUGCAAGAGAUACAGAGUUUACUCACUAACUGGAAAGGGCCAGACCUCACUAGUUAUGGGGAGCUGGUUUUGGAAGGAACAUUCCGCAUUCAGCGCGCAAAAAAUGAGCGCACUUUGUUCCUGUUUGACAAACUGCUGCUUAUUACAAAGAAGAGAGAAGAAAUGUAUACAUAUAAGGCUCACAUAUUGUGUGGCAAUCUCAUGCUUGUCGAAGUUAUACCAAAGGAACCGCUCAGCUUCAGUGUCUUCCACUAUAAAAAUCCCAAGAUGCAGCACACCGUGCAGGCAAAAUCGCAACAAGAUAAACGACUUUGGAUCCUUCACUUGAAGAGAUUGAUUCUGGAAAAUCACCCAGCUAAAAUACCUGCUAAGGCCAAGCAGGCAAUUUUAGAGAUGGAUGCCAUACAUCAUCCAGGAUUCCAUUACAGUCCAGAGGGAGAAAUGAAAGCAACCUAUCCUUUUAAGGAAGGCAUCACUCCACGGAGAGUGAGAAGGAAGUCAGAACCUUCAUCCAGAGUCCAUAAAGUUAUGAAGUCAAGUGUAAUAAAUUCAGAUAUGCAGAAGCGGAUCAGUAUUGAAGGAGCCCUGCUUUCUCAGGCUGCCAAACCAGGAUCAAAUGAAACUCUGCUCAGUUCUAGAAAAAAAGUGUCAUUAGACCACAGUGGGCUAGCAAAUCAGUUUCAAGAGCCCAUUGAACAAGCUUACAGCAGUGAUCAAGAUGAGAGUCUCCAAAUAUGUGCUACAGAUCAGAUAGAUGCUGAUGACGAGGAAGAGUCUGAACAGGGCACACAACAAAAUUCACAGCAAAAACCAAAGGGAGGUAGAAAAAGACUCAAUAGCCAAGCUGCUGAAAAUGUUGAAAAACGAAGAAGUGUCAAUCUCAACAAAUGUGCAGUCCAGAGCUCCAAGGACCCUUCAGAUGAAGAAUCAACCCAGUUGAAUACAGAUCUUCCAUUUUCUUGUUCUGCCAGGCAGUCAUCUAGGCAGUUCAGCACACCACAGAACAGUUCGCUAAUCAUGAAUAUCCUGGGGGGAGGUACAACGGCCAGAAACAUCUGGACAGAUCAUCAAAUUCGACAAGCUUUAUUCCCCAGCAGACGAGCGCAUCAUGAAAAUGAUGAAGAUGAAGAUGAUUAUCAGAUGUUUGUACCAUCAGUAUCUACAUCCAACUCAAGUUCAACUGUCUGUGAAGAGAGGGGCACUUCUGGUCGCCCAUGCAGCUGGCAUUUGGGACUAGUUCAUCAGAAUGAUGCUGCCAGUUCCAAUCAUCACAAAAUUGUUAGACGAGCCAGUAGUGCUGGUGAAAGUAAUAUUGGCCCAAAUGGUGCAAGGUACAGAGCCAGUGAACUUAGCCAGCACAGUUCUCGAAGGGAGGUAAAAAGUGGUUCUAGAACUGGCAUGAAUGCUUAUCCAGAAUAUUCAGAAGAGCUGACCAUUGAUGAUAUAGAACAUGUCUAUGAUAACAUAAGCUAUGAAGAUUUAAAACUGAUGGGUCUCACAAGGAGGGAAGAGUCUGAUCGUGGUCCCCAAAGAUCUGCUAGAGACUCUCUGUAUGAGAGUCAAAACAAAAUUAGUUUGGAAUUGACUUCCAAAAAGAGGCAGGCAGAUCAAAAUAGGACCUCUAUUUUUGAAACUAGAGAUGAGAGCCUACACAGGAGAGAGGCACCUACUUCAAGUUCAGAUGAGCUCAGGAUUGUUGAGGAUAACAUCUAUGACACCAUAGUGCUUCCAGAUCCACCACUGUUGACUUUUAAAUGUGACCGCCUUAAAUGCUCUAAAAGGAGGAGUUUUUUGGGCCUGGAAACAGAUUUUGCUUGUUGUGAUAGUCUACGGCAGUUUGUUUCUGAAGAGAGUCUUCAAUUCAGUGAAGAUGAAAGUCCUUACCAUCAUGUUCCAUUAGAUAAUGAUUAUUUGAGCUUAGUAGAUAGUUCCUCCAACUCUGAUUCACACUCUCACAAGUCUGUAGCAGAUAAACUUUCAGAGGAAGUAGAUGAAAUUUGGAAUGAUCUGGAGAAUUAUAUCAAGAAAAAUGAAGAAAAGACAAGAGACCGCCUCCUUGCAGCCUUUCCUGUUUGCAAAGAUGACAUACAGGAAAGGCUGCAUGUGGGAAGUACACCUGAAUUGAGUAAGGAUGUGGAAUAUUCUCUUUCUACCCUCUCCCUGCCUGAAACCCCUGUUUUCCCUAAGACUUUGAAGCACAAAGCAAACGUCAAAUGUGAAGAAACAUCACCAUGUAAAGAGAGUUCAUUUAUGAGCCUAAGCAGAUCUUCCUUCUGCAGUGAGCUGCCUUUCAUGGAUAGCCCUUAUGAAUUUGCAAAUAGUAUUCUAUCCAAUGCACAUACAGAAAGCACUGACAAUGAAUUAGAUGUUGUGGACAAAACAAAAAACAGGGUCUUUUUGAUGGCAAGGCAAUACAGCCAAAAAAUUAAGAAGGCUAACCAGCUUUUGAAGGUAAAAAGUCCAGAGCAGGAACAGCCAGCCAGCCGUCAACCUAAACUGAAGCACAAAGACCUUGCAGCCAUUUUGGAGGAGAAUAAACAAGGCGGACCUGCCAUUGGUGCCAGAAUUGCUGAAUAUUCCCAGCUUUAUGACCAGAUUGUUUUUAGAGAGACUUCACCCAGAAUCCAAAAGGAUACCUGGGCCAGUUCUCAGGAGCCAUCAACCUUAAGGUAUUCCUCACCAGAAUCAACAUCUCCUUCUCAUUCUCAGUUAGCUAGUGAAUGUUUAAGGGAAGAAGACUGGUUUUUACAUUCUACAUACAGUAAUGGAGAACUAGCUGAUUUCUCUCCUUGGCCGGAAGUCCAGGAACCAAAGUCAAAGAGUUCUCCUGCAGAGACUGGCACAAAAAGCAAUCUAAGACAGUUGCCAUCAGCUUGUUCAGUGCCUUCCCUUCAGAUUUCUACACAUCUGCAUGUUCCAGCACAAAGGUGGAGUGCUAUUAUAAGUCAGCCUAACAAAGAGAAUUUACAUCAAGAUAACAUGUAUAACUCUCUUGGAAGAAGAGCACACAUUACAAAAUCACAAGCGUACAGCAGGUCACAGUCCUCUUCCUCAGUUGUGGUCAACAGGUCUGGGGAGGCAAUUAUCUACCCCAAUGAAAUGGACAAGAAAAAGUUACAUUCAAAUAGACAUUUUAGAUCUGAUACUUACCAAGAGUCUCUGUCAACUGCUGCUUCAGGAUUCUUGGUAUCCAGUGUAAGAAAGCAGCACCCUGAAAGCUGUUCAGACAUGAUUCUGCAAGACUCUCAGAAAGUCCUGAGAGUAAACAGGAACUCGCCACUAAAUGCACAAAUAGCGACGCAGAACUAUUUUUGUAAUUUCAAAGAUACUGAAGAAGAAGGGGAUGACGAUGACUAUGUUGAGAUAAAAUCUGAUGAUGAGGGGUCUGACUUAGAGACUACGCAGAACCAAACAAAGAAAUCAGACCCAAAGUUGAAUAAUGCAGAUGGUGAUUCUUCUGACACUCCCUCAAGCAAAAACAUGUCUUGUACUUCUCCAAAAUCAGUGAACAGCAAACACGCACUUACCCCUUAUCUGACUGCAUACAGUGAUUCAGAUAAAUUAAAUGACUACUUGUGGAGAGUACCAUCUCCUAAUCAGCAGAAUAUAGUCCAGUCUUUAAGGGAAAAGUUUCAGUGUCUUAGUUCAAGUAGCUUCGCUUGACACUUUCACUGAUGUCUAAUUGUACUACUGCCUUAACACAUCAGAGUAUACAUCAGAACAGCCAGUACUGUCAUCAUAUAUUUUAAUAUUUUUAAGACAUCAAGCACUAUAUCUCAGUAAUAUUGUAAAUAGAUGUGUAAAAUAUCUUUUUUACAAUACAGAAUAUUGAGAAAGCCAGUGGUCCUGUGAGCACUCUCUGAUACUAAGAUCGAUUUGUGUCUUUAUAAUAUAGACUGUUUUUUCCUAAUCUCACUGUCUUAACUUGAAUAUACUUUACCACCCCGCUUUUCUCUCCUCCAUAGCUCACUUUAUUUUUAGCCACGAUAAUGUAAUUGAUAAAGCCACUAUGCCAUGUGGAAACCUUUGUAUUCAGGCUUUUAAGAACAGGCGCCUAGUGCUGUGUCCAAAAAAUACAUUUUCCGUUACACUAAUUGCAUGUGAUUGUUCAGCUGAACAUCUAAUCAUCUGAAUGUGCAAAUACCAGGUUCUGAACACAGUUGGACAAGCUAACUGUGCAAUUGCCUGCACAUUUUUGCACAUCAGACUGUAAGUCUGUGGGACCAAUGCACAUAAUACCAAAUAUACAGUAGUAUUUAGAACAGGACUUUUAUGUUUUAAAAUAAAUCUAGUCCCAGUGUUUUGUGAAUAGUGCCUGAUUGAUAACUGUGUAUCUGAAGCCAUUGUAUUUAAUAUUCCUACAUAAUAGCUAAAGAACAGGAACUGGCAGCUUUCCUUAUACCAUGCUGUGAAUAUGCCUCCAACCUGUUCUGGAUGCUUUUAGCUUUCGAGAGCUGGAGGGUAAUUAAUUGUCUUAGGCUCAUUCAACCCUUGGUCUUGUAGAAAUAGCUACUCUGGCUGCUGAUUUACCAUCAAUUUUAAAUGUAGCAUUUGCAAGCUGGGCACCUUUCUUUUAAGAGUGAAGCUAUUAAUAACCGAUAAAUUGAAAUGACUGAUGAAAACUCUCGCAAGAAUAACGGUGUCCUAUGGAUACGUUUUUAAGUAGAUAAUCUUGUCAAUCAAAGCCAAAUGCUUGUGAAUGUGUUUGGGCUGUCUGCAAUUUAACAUAACUUUAAUUUUGAACAUUCUAUAGUACUCAAAAUGUAGGAGUCCAUUAGCCAAAACAAUGUAAUACUAAAAAAUGAAAUUGGUUGUAUUGCCGAUGCAUUAUUACCAAAACAGAGCUGGAGCUGAGAUUUGAAAAUAAAUCCCCUGAAAAAGCAUGCUUUUCUUUAGAUGGUUCAGUUUUCAACAUCAGAAGUGUUAAAGGAAGCAAAAUAUCAUAGAAAAUGCGUUAUGUCAAACAUGCUUUGCCCAUAUCAGCUUGAAAUGAGAACUACUUUCCUUAAAAUUCACUGCAUACACAUUGGCUUUUAAAGGCAUGGUUCAACUUUCUUUGGAAUGACAAUUCUCUUUCAUAACAGCUUAAGCUUUUGAUUAGCGGCCAUUUGUAAGGGUACAAACCAGAACAAUAAAACUUUUAAGACCAAAGAUUCUAUUCUCAUACAAGUGCUCUGAAUAAUAAAUAAAAGAUGGAAGAAAAAUUGAGUGCAUGAUGCUCAGCAAUUUUUCUUCUUAAAGAGAGACAAGUUUUCAAUCUUGUCAGUGAUGUAUCAGUGUCUUCUUCAAGGAAGAGUAUAGCGAAUUGACCUCUCAGUAGCAGAGUUUAUACUUUAAAAUAGUCUCUGAUACCUAGUCCUGUUUUUGGAGCCAGCUUUUCUAUUAGCUUCGAAAAAGGAACUGCUUUAUAAACUGUUGGGGAGGGAGGAGGGAUAAAAAAAAUUCGUUUUUAUCAUGCUGACUGACUAAGAUAUCUGAAAUGAAAUAGGAGAUGAGGAUGGCACCUUAACAUCUUGUAAGUAUCUUUCUCAACAUAGGAUCUGUUUCUGAAAGAUUCCUCUCCCAUUCCCCCCAUGCAAAUCUCAGUACUCAGUCUUAGUUCAUCUUCCCUGCCAGUUAGUGUUUGGUACAAUUUCAAGGACUAAUCCUUACUUUCUUCAUGCAUGUUAGCUUUUGCUCUUUCGUUCUCUCUCUUGCUUCUCUCAGCUUUUUAACUUAUUCAUUUUUCUUUCUUUCCAAUUAAUUUUUAAAAAGGCAGUGCAUUAUUUUAGUGGCUAGAAAUACUAAUGAACCAUUCCUUUUCAGCUGGUGCACCUGAAAACAGUGACCAUGGCACUUCUGAAAGCGCUGAUCUGUGCUAUUUGGGGAAGAGAGCCUGGUCUUGACCGCUAAGAAUCAAACUGAAUUUUGCCUGGAAAAAUUGCCACUAGCACAUGAACAUCUAAAAAAAAAUUUAAACAUCAGUCCACAUGUUUGCGAUCCUGCCUUUGGCAAAGCAAGAACUGAUUACACUUCUGGGUCAGGUUCGCUUAAAGAUCUGUGUGGGGAGAGGUUGAAUGUAACCAUUAGCUUAGAGUCUCUAGCAGUGGGAAUUAUGUGCUAAAUGUGUGGUAGUAUGCAAAGGAUCGGCUGUGGCCUACAGGAAAUUUGUGUAACCAUAAAACAGGGACACCAGCUGUUGAAAGCGGCUUGGCCAGGUUGACUGGUUAUGUGCUAAUUUAACUCAGCUAUGUUGCAGUUUUGGUCAGUAGGGAGUUUCUUGUGGGUGAAUUUCAAGAUCUCCUUUUUAAGAGAAUGAAUUUCUUCUAAAAGGAAAUGACCCUUGCUUGCAUAGGGAGGCAAAAUUUGGGGAGGGACUGAAUCUGGUCCAGUAGGUAUAAUAGGUCUAAUAAAGUAGUAGCUUCCACACACACACCCCUGCCCCCUGAAUACAUUCCAUUUUUUCCAAAUGACACGUACAAUGAAUUAAUACUCCCAUUUACUGCAAGUAUGGUUGUUUCAAUAUGAUAUACAUUUAGCUCUCCCAUUUUCUCUGUUGCAUGACUUGGGCUUUUAUUACUUGAAACCACUGUAUACAAAUAGAGCCUAAAUGUGUUUGCUGUAUAGCCACUGAGAUAUCUUGUACAAGUGUUGUUGUGGUGCAUACAUUUUCCAGAUUAAGCAGGAAAACAGUAAUAGAAAUCAAAUGUAUUAUACUAAACAAAGUUAUUAGUUAAAGUACUGUUUCCAUACUACUUUCCUCAAGCACAGUAGCCCACCUGGUAAUUUUAGAACUGUUAACUAAUACUGUGUAUGUUGUUCUGAGCAAAAUCUGAUGUUGAGACGUAUUCAAUGACUUCUGUUUUUCUGAGAAGCAUAUUUAAGGAAUUUCUGCUUGUUGCAUUGUGUUGAACUACCUACUACACAAUUCCUUGUAUUGCUUAGGAAUAGCUUUGGGGUUUUAUUUGAUCAUUAUCCUAUAAGCUCAUGUGCUAACUGUGGAUAGAUGUGCUAAAUAGAACUGCAUCUAGUAAAACAAUUGAAAAAUAACAUUGUACAUAUUUAAGAUACCAAAAAUGUAGCGGUUCUCAUAUUUAUAUAGGUUGUAAAGUAAUGUAAAUAUGAAUAGAAAUUUAAAAUGUGUGCUUUUUAACUAUAGCACACCUAGAUUUGUCUGAACUAUUCAAGGAAUUGUGUCUUAACUUUUAGAAGUCAAUGACAUCUCAUGCAGUAAGUGGAGUAAAAUGGAAGGGAGUUAUAAAAUGCAUAACUCUUACCAGGAACCAUUUCAUACCAUUUUAAAUAAAUUUGGUGUGCUUUAAAUUAUUUUGGUGUGUGAUUCUGGCAGAUAGGCAGCUGGAGCUGAUACAAAGCUAAGCACUGGAUACUCUGUAUUGGUAAAAAAGGAUUAACAGCUUUCAUUUUUUUUUCAGUGGAUGUAAAAAGUUAUAAAAAUACUAGGUUAUACUAACAAGUAGUUUGAGUUAUGUCAUUGGUGAUCCCUGUUACGUUCUACAAAUGAAAUAAAAAUAAAAGGGCCAGUAAAGCCAUAAUGAAAGUCAAUGCUAACUGAGAAGUGUUGCUUAUUAGGCUUAAAUGGGGUAUACAAUUGUUCUUGUUGGCAAUUCCCAUCCAAAAACAUGUGAAGUAAUGCUGACCAGUAACCUUUAUUUAGUUAUAAAUGAGCAUUUAAAUAAAUUAGAAGAGUUGGGAACACUGUACAUUUCUUUAGGGAAAAGAUUUCCACAUAUUUUCUGAGACUUUCUGAUGUCAUCACUCCACCAGACUCGGUUAGCUUGGCGCUAGCUUGCUUUGAUGCAGGGGAGAGAAAGUACAAAAAAUAAGUAGUUUCAAUGGCAAAGGUUAAAAGUUAAUUUUCUAAAUGGAACAAAGAUGAUGGUAAGAUUUUAAUUUUCAAAAAGGCAGCAUAUGAUUAUCUGAAGCCUCAGGGUACUGAAAAAUGUGAAUGGAAUAAAUAUAUAGCAGCCACAGUUUUGUACUGAACUCUGAGUCCAGGUGGUAAAAAUUGUUGUUUUAAAAGCAGUUGUGUUUUUCCAUUUCUUGCCAUUUCAUAGGCAGCUUGUCCCUGUGGUAAUGAACCCAACUUUUUAAAAGCAAUGUUUUGUUUGAAAGAGCUAUUUUUAAAUCAUGUAAUACUGGAAAAAUUCUCAUAUUUUACUGUAUAGUUUAAGCUUCUGUGUCAUCUGGUAGUAAUUGCACUAUGCUACCAGAAGGGGUUGAAAAAUGAAGUUAAUUGUUCUGAGUUUGUUUUAAUUGUAUAUUUCUUUGUUUCUGCAUACAUGUAUAACAUCUUGUCCUAUGGAUAAGAAAUGCAUUUUUUUUAAUAUUGCACUUUUUUCAUGACUUGUUUUGUAAAGAAUAUGUAAAAAAUAUAUGUACAUGUAGGAAGCUUCUUAAGUCAAAGCUUUUUUUGCCCUUUUGUUUUGCUUAAAAGCUGAGUUUAAAGCAUGCCAAAACUAAGGAAAACAUGUAAGUACAUGCUGUUUAGACAAAAAAGUAAUAAAUGCUAAAUUUGUGUUCAAA